AUGAGAGCCAGUCCAGCCCUGCCCAGAACUAAGAGACUGCUGUGGUGGUUUGCUGAAUCAUCUGAUCACCAUGCUAACAAGAGUUGUGAACAGGGAGCUCGGCAGUGCCAGGACCUUGUUGACAAUGACAUGAUGGUAAAGGCAGCCCCAUCAGAAGAGGGAGCGGAGGCUCAGUGUGGUUUGUGUGUCAUAGAGCACGUGUCCCAGGACCUUUGCAAACACUUGUGUGGAAGAGAGAUGUCACCUUGGCUCCCAGAUGAUCCAGGACUUCUGAAACCAGCACCUCCCUCAGGCUUCAGCUAUGUAAACCACAGAUAUCCUGGGAAUGAGACACAAAUUUCAGAAUUCCUCCUUCUGGGACUUUCAGAGGACCCAGAACUGCAGCCCCUCAUCUUUGGGCUUUUCCUCUCCAUGUACCUGGUCAGUGUGCUGGGGAACCUGCUCAUCAUCCUGGCCACCAUCUCAGACUCCCACCUGCACACGCCCAUGUACUUCUUCCUCUCCAACCCGUCCUUUGUGGACAUCUGCUUCACCUCCACUACCAUCCCAAAGUUGUUGGUGAACACCAAGACACAGAGCAAGUCCAUUACCUAUGCAGGCUGCAUCACCCAGAUGUGCUUUUUCAUACUCUUUUCAGGGUUGGACAUUUUUCUGCUUACCAUAAUGGCCUACGACCGGUUUGUGGCCAUUUGUCACCCCCUGCACUAUGUGGUCAUCAUGAAGCCCCAGUUCUGUUGUUUGCUGGUUCUGGUGUCCUGGAUCAUUAACAUUCUGCAUUCCUGCAUUCACUCAGUACUUUACAUCCACUACAUGGAACCAGGAAACAAUACAAGGGUUUCAGAAUUUCUUCUCCUGCGAUUUUCAGAGGACCCAGAACUGCAGCCCUUCAUCUUUGAGCUUUUCCUGUCUAUGUACCUGGUCACUGUGCUGGGGAACCUGCUCAUCAUACUGGUUACCAUCUCAGACUCCCACCUGCACACGCCCAUGUACUUCUUCCUCUCCAACCUGUCCUUUGUGGACAUCUGCUUCACCUCCACCACCAUCCCAAAGAUGCUGGUGAACAUCCAGACACAGAGCAAGGCCAUUACCUACACAGGCUGCAUCACCCAGAUGUGCUUUUUCUUGAUUUUUGGAGAGCUGGACAACUUCCUCCUGGCUGUGAUGGCCUAUGACAGGUUUGUGGCCAUCUGUCACCCCCUGCACUACACUGCCAUCAUGACUCCCCAGCUCUGUGGUUUGCUGGUUCUGGUGUGCUGGAUCCUGAGUGUCCUGCAUGCCCUGCUACAAAGCUUAAUGGUGUUGCGACUGUCCUUCUGCACAAACUUCAAAAUCCCCCACUUUUUCUGUGAACUCAACCAGGUGGUCCAACUUGCCUGUUCUGACACCUUCCUUAAUGACGUGGUGAUGUAUUUUACUGUCCUGCUAUUGGCUUCUAUUGCCCUCGCUGGUGUUCUUUUCUCCUACUCCAAGAUAGUGCCCUCCAUCUGUGCAAUCUCAUCAACACAGGGCAGGUACAAAGCCUUCUCUACCUGUGCUUCUCACCUCUCCGUGGUCUCCUUAUUUUAUUGCACAGGCCUAGGUGUGUACCUCAGUUCUGCUGUGACCCCAAACUCACAUUUUACUGCAACAGCCUCGGUGAUGUACACUGUGGUCACCCCCAUGCUGAACCCCUUCAUCUACAGUCUGAGGAAUAAGGACAUAAAAAAUUCCCUGAAAACAUGUAUUCUACCAUCAAAUGUUUUCGUAUCAGAUGGAUAUAUAACUUUGUGUUAUAUGAAAUGUCCACAUACACUCUUCUUCAUUCCUGAUUCAUUCCUAAGAGAUAACUGA